GAAUAUGCAGUAAUUUCAAAUUGCUUGGCGUGGACACCUCGUCUCCACGCAAGAUCCCUCCCGCCGCCGCUCGUCAGUCCGCCGCUCAGCCGCCGCCACAGCGCCGUUCCUCCCUCUCUCAGCCUGGUGGAGCGGAGAUCCACCAGUCCGGGCGUGGAUUUCUUUCCUCUUUCGUCGUUUGAGGUUCCAUAUCUCUCUCUGGAAAUGCAUCCCCCUCUGACUUUACACAGGCAUCCUAUGUGUGCUGAGAUUAUUGAAGAAUUCCAGAAGUGCCAUCUGGAUCACCCUGUCAAGAAGUUCUUCGGAGAAUGCACAGACCUUAAAAUAAAGCUUGAUCGCUGCUUCCGACAGGAGAAAGCAUUGAAGAGAAAGGCAAACUUUGAAGAGAGCAAGAAAUUUAAAGAACAGCUGCAGGCUUACAAAAGGGAAAUUGCAGAGAAGAAUGAGGAAUGAGAACUUGGAACAAAGGACAAGGACCUAGAGGUGGAUGCUCGUAAUCUGUGAUGAGCUGCCCUCAAUUUUAAGAAGGAUAUGUCAAGUUCUUUUGAACUGCAUGUUUAUCAAAAAAAAAUUACUCUUUGCCGAGUAGCAUAUAAACCUCAACAGCUCAAACGUUUCUUGCUUUACUUUGGUAUAUGUUUCUUAUUUGUUUUUAUGCUUGUGCAACAGUGAACUGAUGAAGCAUUGUAUGAGACUUGGACAACUCAUCCUUGUUGCCCAACAUAAGCAGUUUUAUUACCAAGUUCCUCUUA